CGGUCUUUUAGCAUUUGCGGCCUAAAAUGGUCGCAUUUAAGGUAGCAGAGGCCGACAGCCAUCGAGAUCGAACAAAUGCUUCACGCAGCAGUGCUUCCAACAGCGUGAAAGCUGUCCUCUGAGGCCUAGAGUGCUGCUUUCACAGCAGCAGCAUUCCGUCGCAGUUGCACGCCGUCGCCGCUGCGCCAUGCCACGACCAAGGCCGAGCGCACUACUCCUCGCAGCAGUAGCCACAGCCCAGCACACUCUGCGCCUCGACCCAGCACGCGUGCGCGUCCCGACGACACCACUCACGGCGGAGCUCGGAGCCGAACCGCGAGACUACGGCCCGCGCUGCCACGACGAGCCGAAGAAGCGACGCUUGAGAGCGCUGCGCUACUGCGCGCCGAGCUUCCUCAUCAUCGGUUUCGGAAGGUGCGGCACCACGUCACUGGCGAGAUACCUGAGGAGCCACCCGCGCCUCACCUUCGGCACCAGAAAGGAGCACUUCUACUUCAGCCGGCCCGAGUUUUGUGAUUUGCAGCACGGCCCGAACACAUCCCCGAAAUGCCACGUCAAGGCCUACGCGAAGCAAUUCCCUAUCUACAAAGAUAAGCCGGAAAAGGACAUCACCUUCGACGCGACGCCGCUACUGGGCGGCGACAUGGGCGUGCCGGCAUCAGAUAGAACGAUCGCGUGGCUGCGUUCGCGCCUACCCGAAUUGAAGCUGGUCGUGUUGAUUAAGUCGCCGGCGGAUCGCUUCAUGAGCAACCCCAACAGCGCAGCGAAGCUUGCGCGAUUCCAGGCCUCGUUGCGGCGGGGCGACAAUACGAUGCCGAGUAAGCUUCAGGAGCUGCUGCAGGAGAACUGUUAUAUCGACAAGCUGGAGCGGUGGCUAGCGUUCUUUCCCGCGGAUAGAUUUAUACUGAUCAAGUCCGAGGAUUUGCGGGACGAAGGGAAGCGACCGACAAUCUUGAACGAAGUGACGGAAUUUCUCGGCGCGGGGCCGCACGUGUACGGCGAGGCCCUGAACUUUUUAGGGAACUACCGGCGAGCGUCGAACGUGACCGUCAGUCCGCGCGUGCGCACGACGCUCAACUGCCUGCCGCGCUUGCGGACGUGCGAGGCGCGGCUCGACGCGCUUAUACAAGGCGGGACACGGCUCAGGUGGUGCGACGAAGCGCGGAGAGUCGCGCACGGCAUGCGCGAGACGCAGUUGCGCAGAUCUAGGGUCCCGCACAUGCAGCCCACGCUUCCGCCCGAGAAACGCGAGCGGGCCGGGAGUGGAUGGUUCGGGCGGCGCAAGUUGUAGUUGUUUAAUUUUU